ACAAUCCUUUCCCAAGGAAUGUGAGAGCUUCUGAACCACAGUCAGUCCUCAGAUGGUUUACAGGUAAAACCCUUGAAGCUGCUGCUGGGAAAGGCGGAGACAUGGAAAGAGGACUUCUGAAGAACGCCAGCCACUUGACCUGCCUUCACGGUAAUCUUUCAGUCUCUCUAGAAGCCCAGUGCCCCAGGCUUUUCCCUCCUCCUUUUGGCUCCUACAAAGUGGAAAAAGGCUCAGGCUGCUCCCCGGGCUCAGUGGUUGUUUUCUCCUGCCAAGUGGGAUAUCAGCUCACAGGAAGCAGAACAAUGAUUUGCCUCUUGGGGGACAAUAGUACAAUUUGGAGUCAUCCUGAACCCCAGUGUGAGGAGGGGAUCCCCAAGUCACCUAAUCAUGGCUCCCAAGGGGCAGUGGCUGUCUCUCUCAUCAGUGGUGCCAUCAUCCUUGCCCUCUGCAUCUCUUUUAUGAUAUGCUGCCUGCAAGAGAAGGGGCUGAGGAGCAACUCUAUGACCAUUCAGGCCAUGUAUCACCAAGGCAGGAUGUCUAACAUAGGAAGAAGAGCUGAUUCAACUGACCAGGUGCUACAGAGACAUGCUGGGGCUGAUAGGACGGACCAGAGACAGAGGGAGAGCUUUCCUACUCAACUAAGCUCCAUUUAUCCUCGCACCCUUACAAUCUAUGACAACUGGGGCUUCCAGAGGAGUCAAGAGACCCUGCCUUGGGCCACUGUACAGACUUUGGGCUCUGAAGUCCCAGUCUUCACCCCAGUGAUCUUGCAGCAGGAAGCCCUGUCCCCUCCUCCCACCUAUAUAUACCUGCUUCAGGAGCCCAGGGACCUGCCUCUGCUUCUCCCACUUCCACACUGCCACACUCACCUCCCCAGAGAACCUCAGCCAGCCUAUACCCAAGGAAAUAGAAGCAGCAGCAUGGAAGACAGAGCUCAGGAUGAGCAGACCUAAAACACCUUCCCUACACAUCCUUUGAGGUUUUCUGGGAGGAUCACUCAGAUUGCUUUUUCCUGAAUGUCCCUUUCAAGCUUCCCAGUAAGGCAUAGGGCAGAUAUAAAAGAGACAGAAAGCUAAUGGCCCUUGCAAAGAGAAAGAAUGCUCACGGUCCUCAUACUCUUUCUGGAAUCCUCAGCUCAGCUGGUUUUAUAACACAUUCAAAUCACCAACUGGCUCCCUGCAAUAAUACAAACUGCUUCACUAGGCUUUUGAAAUCUUUUAUAAUCUUAAUCCAAUCUAUGGUUCCAUACUGAUAAAAUCUUACUCUGCCCUCCACCUCAACUCUAUGUUCCAGCUAACCUGAUCUUGUGGCCCCACAGGUUUGGUGGGGUCUACCUACCACUUCUAUGCUUUUGUACGGGCUUCCUCUCUUACCUGGAAUGCUCUCCCUUCUUACCUCUAUUUCUGGAGAUCCUUAGUUCCCUUCAGGAUACAGCUCUAAUACCACCUGCCACACAAGGCUUUUUCUCAUCCUCCAUGGGUUUUUAGUGUUCUCUCCCUUCUGCCAUCCCCAUUAUCACUUUGCAUUUUCCUUUGUACAUAUUUUGAAUUUACUUAUCAGUCUCCAAGGUUGGGUUUUUGGUUGUCGUUGCUGUUUUUGUCCAGUGAACAUAAGUUCCUUGAAAGCAGGGACCAUUCUGUUCUAGUCUUUUUAUCUGCAAUGUCUUGCACACAGUAGGUGCUUUUAAAAUGUUCAUUGAAAUUAAUUAAAAAUGCAGCAGCUUGACCUGCAGAAAAGAAGUGUGAGGGGAUGAGGGAGGCAGAGAACCUAAACCCCCAAAUCCACGAAGGCAUAUGACUGCCAUUUUCCUCAUGACCACCAAGGGGCUAGAGCAGAGGAAGCUGGCUCAAAUAUAACACAAGCUUUGGAAAGCUUCUCAACAACAUGGAGCAGAAGUUGGGAUCCCUCCUUGUAUAUCUUCAAGAGAAGCCCCUAUCUAUCCAGGUUAGCUUGGGGGAUAAUAUUGUCCAGUGAUAGGAAAAAGGGCUAUUCAGAUUAAGGUCCUAUUAAGUGAACGACAUUUAAGUGGAGCUGGAUGACAGAGACCAUUCCAGCCACUUAGUCACUCAUCUGUGUGUUGCGCUGUCCAAUCAGAACAAAGCCUACAGAAACAUAAUUCAAGUUCACUCUUUAACCUGACUCAAUGGGUACCAAAACAGUUGCCAAAACAAACAAACAAAAAAACCCAACAACAACCAAAAAAAAACCCCCUCUAUUUUUCCUUCUCAAACCAGAUGUGGUAACAUAGUAGCAAGACUUUACGAAAAGCUUCCCCUUUCUUGACCUGUAGGGGGCACUGAAAGGCGCCAAUUUGUUGCUGGAGCUCUUGGUCAAUGUAAUUAAUUCUCUGCCACCAAUUAGAAAUUGCUCAACUGAAGCACUGUCCCCACUGCUGCUUCUAACUGCUCCCACUCCAAGGAAGAAGCUUUCCAGAUCAGCCCCAAACAUGUGUACACACACAUACACACACACACACACACACCCUGCUGUGUCUAUCAUUCUUGGAUUCCUCUUUCCCUGCUGCUGCUGCUACUUGUGUUUUUCCUAUCUUCAGCAGCUUUCAUGAGAGCCUGCUGACUCCCAGUGACUCAUCUUUCAUUUAUAAAGUCACAACUCUCCAAUUUCUCCUCUCAAAUUGGCAAUCACUUUAAAGCCACACCUCUGUCUCCAAGUGCUCAUAUGAUUUCUCAUUUUCUUAGAUUUGCCCUCUUUAGUAAUAAAACAAGUGCAUGUAAAUUAAGGGAGCUACUCAUCAUUCUUUCGUUCUGAAGUCUCCAACAAUGUAGUAGUGGGUCUCUUUGGUGCCCUUAUAAUUUGUAUUUCUUCAUACUCACAUUUCUCUAUUUCUUAAUAAAUAAAAUAUUUCUCUGCCUCUUUAUAAUAUUAAACUGUUUCCAUACAAGUGAGACAUUAGUCUACAUUGUUAAUAAAGCAAUCCAAGUCCUCAAAUCUA